ACUGUUAUACAGAGAAACCCUGUCUCAAAAAACAAACAAAAAGAAAGAGAGGAAGGAAGAAAGGAAAAGGAAAGAAGAAAAAAAGAAAAAAGAAAAGAAAAGACAAGCGAUUUGCACUAUGUGGGGAAUGUCAGGCAGCCCUGGGCAUCUCAGAGCUCAGGCCCAGGCUUUAGAGAUCUGGUUCCUGUGGAACCUGUAGAUAGAAUAAACUCCCCUUGGGUCUCCUGUCCUCUCUCAGAGGGUAUUUGUCCAUUACUUGUUUAUGUUCAGGACAGUUGAGGGACUCCUCUUUCCUUUGAAAGGACAUGGAUCCUUAUUGGUGUAGGGGUUUUCUGAAGUAUUUUGAUUUUUUUUAAUUAGUUGCUCUCUUAUUUGGCCUUUUGAUUGUAGCUGUCAUGGCUAUUUUAGGCUCUUGGCUAUGUCUUCCUGAGAACCUGGGGUAUUUGUCGUGAAGGUUCCUGGAGGCAGGGGUGGCAGAAGGAGACUGGCAGGGCCUUACUCUGCAGAGGGUCUUUUCCAGUGGUCUGCACAGCCAGGUCCUAAUGGAACAUACUCAGCUUAAGGACCAGGUAGCCAUGCUGAGGCAGGAGAACAAGAAUCGGAUAGAGGAUUGGGUCCUGCUGAAGCACCACUUGGAGGCAUUGAAAUUGAUCUGUGAGGACCAAGAGGAACAGACCAGUGACCCCCAAACCCAGCAACAACAGGAAUUUGAAAGAUUGGAGGGAAGCCUGCAGGUCCUGCGGAAGCAGAAGGAGAUGAUCACCCAGGAAAAGGACUUGGCAGAAAAGCUGCAGCAUCACUUUGAGGUCUCCCAAAUGAGGUCAGAGAAAGUGAUACAUGCACUGGAACAGGCCACAGCCCAGGAUGAGAGCCUGCUUCAGAAGGAGCUGUUAAACCAGGAGCCACCUGCUGAGCCCAAUCUCCGGGAAAUUCUGGAUUAUGAUGCACUUUCCCCCUAUUAUUUUAUUUCCUAUGUGUGAAUAGGCCUUGGUUAUACCUAGCCAUUAACCCAGGAUGGCUGCUUCUGGGCCUUGACUCCAUUUCCUUAUUGACAAUACUGUUUGAGAAACUGAGGAAGCCAAAGGAAGGCAGACACCUUGAAACAUGGCAUCAUUCACCCUAGGAUCAAGGCCUCCUCA